AUGGAACGGAAUAGUGACAACCUCUUCAUUCUGAGAGCACAGGCAAAGAUUACAGAAACAGAGAAGAUGCUUAAAUGGGUGGUGCGCCAUAUCGAUGACGUCGCAACACUGGAUUUUGCGGACUCUGAGUUCAAUUCCUUGAUCUCCAACGCAAUUCGAAAUCUCGACACAAUUCGCAGCAUCAUCUUGCGGCACGAAGAACCUAUAAAUCUCCAGGUUGAGGCGAUCAAACUAUACGACCACAUACACAGUGCCAAAGGGUACUUGGAGCGAGUCAAGAUGGAGGAAGAUCCCGAGCGAUACUGGCAGCGUCGAUGUGGAUCUUUAGACGAGAUGCUUUCAGGAGUCUCACAGAGACUUAAUCAAUCGAAGCGUGAGGGUGCGAUCUUUGAUAAUAGCGACGAGCGUUUGAAACCACUCAAAGCGAGAAAACUUGGCACUCUAGAGGUUUACCUUGUUACAUAUCUCAGACAGCGAACUGGCCACACUGGACCAUCUUUGACAGUCUUUUGCACAAGUAGUUCCAGAUACUCCGUCUACAUGGUGUGCUCAUACAGAUGUUUGUGA